AUGUCAAACCGGCUUCCACGCGAUCUUUGGACUGAAAUCCUGGUAAGCCUACCCGUGAAAUCUCUUUUACGAUUCCAAUGUGUUUGUAAAUCAUGGAAAUCCUUGAUCUAUACUUCUACAUUUAUUUCCAUGCACACCCAACAUAGUGAGAGCGCCGACAAUUACACCCACCUUUUACAUUGUAGUAGUUACAGCAAGAAGCCAUACCAAUUACUCCAAACCGAUGGUUCAUUCAAUGAGUUUCAAGAACUUGAAUAUCCAUGCCAAAUGAGGGGUGGAGAUCAUCGAUUCGUCCAUGAUUGCAAGGGAUUAAUACUUUUUACGACUGUCAUCCAAGAUGGGCUGGAUGGCAAUCGUUUCGAGCGACUAACUCUGUGGAACCCUGCAAUUAGAAUGUCUAUGACUCUUCCUCGACCUCGCAUUGAUGUACCGGUGCCCAAAUACUGUAUUCAUGGGUUCGGCUUUGAUCAAACAAGUAAUGAUUACAAGGUGUUGAGAAUGGUCUGUGAUAUGUACACCUCGUUUCCACCUCAGGUGGAACUUUAUAGACUCCGCACAGGCGCUUGGGAGACAAUUACAGGUGUUGACGAUUGUUUUCAGUAUUAUUUAUCAGCAAAAACGCAGGCUUUCGUGAAUGGGGCAAGUCACUGGGUUAACGUUGUAUGGCCUAUGGCAUCCUGCUCUCCUAAACGAGCGGUUUUGUUGUUUGAUAUGUGUGAUGAGAAACUCCGAGUGAUGAAGCUUCCGGAUCAUCUUAGUUUAGGCUUGGGUAAGACUCUUGAUCUUGGUGUAUCUGGUGGACUGCUUUCUUUAAUGGAGAAUACCAAGCCACAUGAUGUUUAUUUGAGCUGCAACAUUUGGUUGAUGAAAGAAUAUGGCGUGGUAGAGUCGUGGACUAAACAAUUUACAAUUGAUUUAGAGGGUUGGAGCUGUGGGUGGAUCUUCAGUUUUAGGAACAACGAAAAGAUUUUAGCUUGGAAUCGGAAAAAUGAAAAAGAGUCGGUCUUAUAUGAUCCCAAGACACAUAGAUUGAUUAAAGUAGGAGGAAUUAAAGGCAAGGGUUAUCUUUUUGGCAAAAAUACUUUCGUUGAAAGUCUUGUUUUACUCGAUAAAGAACAUACCAGGUGCGACUCAAAAAAAGGAAAGAAAAGAAGAGAAAGACAUGCAUGCGCUUGA